GCAGUUCUGGAUCAAGACUUUACAAUGGUCUUCUCUUUAUUAAAUAUUUAAAGUGAAGAACACAUCAAGAAUAAUUUGUACUAGGAAUUUUGGUGUAGAUGUUAAAUAUACAUCUGCACAUAGAAAUUCUCGUUAAGUUUUUAAUUUAUUGAAAGAAUAUCGAAGUACAGAACACUUCUUGACGUCUGCCAAACGUAUAUUAAUCACCAUGGCUAGAGCUAAAUCAACGGACAUCAUGUUAAUUAGCGGAAAUUCGCAUGUCAAAUUAGCUAAUUUAGUCGCUUGUCAACUUGGUGUAAAACCAGCUCGGUUGCCUGUUUCUUAUACCACCAACAGAGAAACAUUUGUCCAAAUAAAAGAAUCUGUACGUGGAAAAGACAUAUACAUCAUUCAAACUGGUUCAAAAGAUGUAAAUAAUAAUAUAAUGGAACUUUUGAUCAUGGCAUAUGCGUGUAAAACUUAUUCUGCCAAAAGCAUUGUUGGAGUUAUUCCUUAUCUACCCUACAGUAAACAAUGUAAAAUGCAAAAACGAGGUUCUAUUGUAUGCAAACUUUUGGCAGAGAUGUUGUAUUCGUCAGGCUUAACUCAUGUGAUUACAAUGGAUCUUUACCAGAAAGAAAUUCAAGGUUUUUUUGAAUGUCCAGUUGACAAUUUGAGAGCAUCACCAUUACUUUUACAAUAUAUUCAAGAAUGUAUCCCUGAUUAUUGUAAUGCUGUGAUAGUUGCAAGAAAUCCUGGAACAACAAAACAAGCUACAUUUUAUGCUGAUCAUUUACGUUUAAGAAUUGCUGUUAUUCACGGAGAACAGAAAGAAUCUGAUUCCGAUGUGGUUGAUGGAAGAAAUUCUCCGCCACCGGCAACGUCAUGCUCAAAAGCAAUGGAUGUUGGAGUAGGAAUACCAGAAUAUCCAGUCAAAGAAAAACCUCCCAUGAAUAUAGUGGGUGAUGUUAAUGACCGUAUAGCUAUUAUAGUGGAUGAUAUGUUAGAUGAUGUUACAUCAUUUGUAAUUGCCGCUGAAGUGUUGAAAAAACAUGGUGCUUAUAAAAUUUAUGUUUUGGCUAUUCAUGGUAUUUUAUCUUCUGAUGCUCCAAGACUUAUUGAAUAUUCGCCAAUUGAUGAAGUGAUUGUGACAAAUACGAUUCCUCAUGAAGUCCAAAAAAUGCAAUGUCACAAAAUCAAAACUGUGGACAUAAGUAUUUUACUAUCAGAGGCUAUUCGUAGAAUUCAUAAUAAAGAGUCCAUGUCAUAUUUAUUCAAAAAUGUCACUCUAGAAGAUUAAAAUAUCUAUAAAUUUUAUUAAUUUAUUUAAUUGUGUUAAAAUGAAGAACAUAAAAAAUUGAAUAUAAAAUUAAAUACAAAAUUAAAAGAAUUCUCAAUAUUAAUUUAUUAA